CCAGGCUUACACCUCAGUGUGCUGACAUAACAUUCCACUCGCGAGACUUGAGCAGGGCUAGCUUACCGCUAUAAUCUGACGGAAGCAUACAAGGCCCACAAUCCAAAGCGGAAGCGAAGGCCUACAAACCAAUGGCUGCUCAUGGAGCGGGAAGAACGCAUUUCCACACACGGACCUACAAACUACAGCCAUGGCCAUUGGUCGGCUUGACACUCCUGGGCGGAGCCUGGAGGGGGCGGAGCCUAGCGUGACAUGGGUUCCCGCGCAUCUCUCAUAUAUAAUUGGCAUCCAGGGUAUAUCCGGCGGGACCUGAGGAAAGCGCAGCACUCCAGAGCCCCGCACUGCAGCCGCUCCGCCCGCGUCCUCGCACCUAAGCUGCACCCCGCGCCUCGCCGGCCCCGCUGCGCCGUCUACAGGAUGCACGUGCGGCCCCGCAGCCCCAGCGUCGACCCCGAGCCCUGCUGGCCACCGCAGCCACAAGGACCCAGCCCUGCCAAGCGCCGCCGCCUCCACGAGCCCGCCCGCCACGAGACCCUGGCGCCGCCAGACAUGGAAGCGCCCGCCGGACCCGCCAGCGACGCGCUCACCUCCGUGGUGUUCCUGGCCGCUGGCUGCGCCAUGCAACUGCAGCUGGAAGACGUCGACCUGCUGCUGGAGCCCGAGCCCACCUCGGUCCUGCAAGUGUCGCUCCCAGGACACACUUUAAUUCUCGUCCCCGAGGGCCUCCAGUCUUCCGCCCAUCUUGAACAGCCUGAGUUCUCGUCCACCAGCCCGCAGGAGGUGUCUCUCCUGGAAAUGCCCCAGGGCCACCUCAUCGUCUUCCCGCAGGGAUCCUUCUGUGAGUACGUCUUAGACAGCUCCUACCAAGAGGACGCCUGUGAUGAAGAUGCAGACUUGGGCUUCCUGUCUCCUUGGAUGGAUCCUCCAGCAGGUCAGGCCUCAGGGCUCCUUUCCUCCAUCAUUAGGAUGCCCAGUCCUUGGUCUCAGGGCCGCAUCCCAGAACCAUAUCCUCCGGUGCCCUCCUCUAAUGCAGAGAGAUAUUCUCCCAGGUCUAUCUGGGACCUGGACAGCUACCUGCUGGGACCCUUCCCUAGCUCACCACUGCAGUCUCUGCCUCCAUCUCCUCCUCCAAGUCCUCAAGAGCAGCGCCCUCCACAGUCUCCACACUCUCCACGGGCCCCGUGCAAGGCCCGGAGGCGACUGUUCUGUGAGUGAACUUCCCCUCACAAAUCCUUGAAGCCCUGCAAGUGAAAGGCUUCCCAAAGCCAUUGUGAGUACCUUUGCACAGUCUACAAGGCUAGAAGGACACUCUUGUUUUUGAAAUGGGCAGAACGCAGAAUAUUGGAUUGGUGGUUGGCUAGAAAGUCUGGAAGAAAGAUCCAUCGCUGCCAGAUCACACCCUGUUUGAAAAUCACCUACUUUGGGGCCUUGAAUUGACUGCGUUUAUCUUAUGAGCUUUAGCACUAAUCUCUCCGACUGUGUACCCACUUUUUUGCCGUGGUCCCUUUCCUUCCGGAGGCUACUCCUCACUUGGGAGAAUCUAGCAAAUGGUUGCACCUCACGGAUGCUGUUCUUUAUGAAAUAAAUUUAGCAAGGAAAGCAAUGAUCAUGUUCUUUUUUUUAAUAAUUAAGAAGUAGUUUAUAUUAGUGGGGCUUUUGUUUGUUUGGGGGCUUGUUUAGAUUUGACUUUAGAAGGAGUUGGGUUUUCUUUUUCUUUUUCUUUCCACAAACACCAAAUCUCUUGAUACCAUUUUCUGUAUUUUUAAUAUAGUUCUCCUGUUCUGGAUGUCAUAAUUCUAAUGUUAUGAUAAUUAUUUAUAAGACUAUAUUGUUAGAAUAAUUAGAAGAUCCCAAAUUUAUGUUGUUCAUUGUUACUAUUGUAUUGUCUUAUGUUGAUUUGAUAUCCAACAAAAUUUAUUAAUUUCUUUAGUAAUUUUAUGUACCUUCUUUUGGAUGGUUGAUAAAAAACUCUCUAAUGAAAAAAUUAGGGCCCUUAACACAUCUAAAACAUCUUAUUUUUCCUUAACAUUUUCUAUUGGAUAUUUAAGUUCAAUUGAAGUGUAUUUGGGAGGGACAUUCCUAUUGUAAUGCACUUACUUAAAUUUUGUCAUAGAAUAUUAUCUUUUCUGUAAAUAGUUGUUAGAUAGUCUUUGUCCUGUUGAAGAUGUUACUUUAUAAUA